CAUACCACCAGGAUGCUCGGCUGGUAAGGCUAGAGGAGACUCUAGGUUAUUCGGGGACAUUCUCGUCCCCGUUGCUUAGGAAGAAGAGGUCCUAAAAUGAACCACCGGACCUUCCUGCCGGCAGAUUAGCGAAGAUACCCAAGCCGCGCCUCAUCCUCAUCCACACUCUCCCGCUCCCCAGUAACUGUAAAGUGCAAAAGAGCUGGCCGGGGCCUGCAGAGAGCGCAGCGCCUCCGAGCCUGGCACGCUUUUUCCCUUCCCUCCCCCGGGGGAGCGAUCCCGGCGUCUCCCCGCGUGAUGUCAGUGGGAUCCUGAGCCCCAUCCCGCUUCACGGCUGGGGGCGGGGAGACGGUGCUCCCCCACGCGGGGCAGAGCGGGGUGUCACUCGAGGGGCCGCGGCGCCCCAGGCCCACCCCGCCCCCGCCCCCGGGGCGUCCGCUCUCGGGCCCCGGGGUCCCCGGCAGCGGCGCGCGCCGCCCCCGCCACGCUCCGCCCCGGACGCCGCGGGUCCCCGCGCGAGGGUGCGCGGGGGGUGGGAGCGGGCCCCGGCUUAGCCUGAUUUACGGCUCUGCUGAAAACCGCUUCGCUCCCGCAGCAGUAGCACCGGCCGCGGCGGCAGCAGCAGCGGCUGCGGCUGCAGCAACAAGUCGGAUUUGAAGAGUAAUGCAACAGAAGGCUUUUGAGGAAAGCAGAUACCCCUGGCAGGAGUCCUUCGAGAAUGUUGCUGUGUGCCUGCCAUUCCGCUGUCCGAGGUGUGGAGACCAUACCAGAUUUAGAAGUCUGUCCUCGUUGAGGGCCCAUCUGGAAUUCAGUCACAGCUACCAGGAAAGAACCCUCUUGACCAAAUGCAGCCUCUUUCCGUCCUUCAAAGACACAGACCUAGUCACUUCCUCAGAACCCCUGAAGCAGGGAAAACUGCAGGGCACCGGCCACGUGGUGAAGCAGAAACCCAGCUAUGUGAACUUGUACAGCAUCUCGCACGAACACUCCAAGGACAGGAAGCCAUUCGAGGUGGUGGCCGAGCGGCCCGUGUCCUACGUGCAGACCUACACGGCGCUGGACCUGCGUGCAGACUCGCUGGAGGGGCCGCGUUCCAGUCCCGGACUGCCCACCCCGGACACCAAAGCCGCUUUCGAGGCUCAUGUCCGAGAAAAAUUCAACCGGAUGGUCGAGGCCGUGGACAGGACCAUCGAGAAGAGAAUCGAUAAGCUCACCAAAGAGUUGGCCCAGAAAACUGCCGAACUGUUGGAAGUUCGGGCGGCCUUUGUGCAGCUAACGCAGAAAAAGCAGGAGGUGCAGAGGAGAGAGCGGGUCCUGAACCGCCAGGUGGACGUGGCGGUGGAGAUGAUCGCUGCGCUCAGGCAGCGCCUGACCGAGUCCGAGGAGGAGCUGCUGCGGAAGGAAGAAGAAGUCGUUACAUUCAACCAUUUCUUGGAAGCAGCCGCUGAGAAGGAGGUUCAAGGGAAAGCCCGGCUCCAGGACUUUAUUGAGAAUCUGUUGCAGCGGGUAGAACUGACGGAAAAGCAGUUAGAGUACUAUCAAACCCAGCAGGCCGCUGGCCUCUGCCGAGACCUCAGCGGGCACGUGCUUACAGAUAUCUCCUCAAAUAGGAAACCCAAAUGUCUAAGUAGAGGGCACCCACAUCCUGCAUGUAACCACGCUGAUCUCAAGACCCACUUCCAUCCAAAAGGAAGGAGCUACCUGAGAAAAGCCAAGGAUGACAGAGCCAGCAUGCAGCCUGCUAAAUCCAUUCACGAACAGGCUGAGUCCCCAAGAGAACUCUGCAGACCGUCGAAGAAAGGGGAGCCUCUGGGGUUUAGCCGGAAAGGCAACAUCAGGCCCAAAAUGGCCAAAAAAAAGCCAACAGCGAUUGUGAACAUCAUCUGAAAAAGUCAUCGGCGGGCUUUGCAGAACGUUGCUCUGGGGGCCAACGGUAAUGCCUUUUGGGGUACAUCCCACAAUGAGACACAUUAGAAAAAAGAAGGGCAGAACACGUUUACUUCGUGGCUGAACAGGCACCUGGAUUAACCAGAAUUUAACAAAUGGGAAUCUUGGGGAACCAGAAAUUUAUUACAGGCUCCUUUUAGAACCAAGAGGCAGGUUACAGAAAGAAUUGGAAAAAACAAAACAAAACAAAACUGUCUUAUUCCAAAAUUUUAGUUAAAAGAAAGCUCCAACUUGUAAAAUAAACAGACCACUCUCCAGUAGUUUCUGCAUCUGGGGUUCUGUGUGGGGGUGAUUCAGCUGAGGCCCAGGGCCACACCAGAUGUCGGGCACUAGGAAAAAAGUCUUCUGUGUCUACUGCUCUCUAAAUUGUGGGACAAAGAAUAGGAAUGCAAAGUUCUCUUAAUAGCAGUGAAACAGUAAUAUUUUUACUUGUUUUUAACUUUGCCCUCAAUUAAUUUGAAAGUUUCCAAAAUAAGGAUUCCUGUUUCCCCAACUAUUGUGGUUAAUUAAGAUUCCAGUGUUUGGGUGGCUUCCGGGAUUCGUCUCCUUCGACUUCAGUUCUCAUUUCUAGUUUGUUCGAUUCAGGUUUGUUGUUUCUCUGGAUGCGUGUUUUUUUCUGAUUUGGGGGUGCCUCUGCUCUCUCCUUCAGCUGAGUGUUCUGUACCCCGAGAGCAAGCUGCAGCCUCUGUCUUCAAAGCCAAUAGUGUUGCCUGUGGCUGGGAUGGAGACCCCAUCAAAACCUUCCAACCGAAACUCUUUAACACCCAUCACCGGUUCCGGGUCUGAAGGGCUG